CUAAACAAAAAACAAUGUGGACUCACUCUUAUUUCUGAGGAUUUGAACGCAGACGAGCAGGAAAACGGGGUGCUACAGAGAGUGAUGUCGGCAGGCGAGGAGCGGGAUGGCGAGGCGGCAGCGCCCCUGUACGUGUACGAAUCCAAGGUCCACUGUGCCAACGUGCUGUUGAGCCUGGAGGAGCAGCGGCGGCAGGGCAUCCUGUGUGACGUCACCAUAUUGGUGGAGGGAAGGGAGGUGCGCGCACACAGGGCUGUCCUUGCUGCUAGCAGCCGCUACUUCCUGCAGGCUCUGCUGGGUCACGGGUCAUCAGGUGAAGCGGAGCCAAUCAUUAACCUGCCAGACAAGGUGACAGCUAAGGGCUUUGCUCCACUGCUCCAGUUUGCCUACACAGCCAAGCUGGUUUUAAGUCGGGAAAACAUCCAUGAGGUAAUCCUGUGUGCAGACUUCCUGGGCGUUCACAAUUUGGAGGACUCUUGCUUUCGGUUCCUUCAAGCCCAGCUUCAGAAUGACAGCCAACAUGCUAGUAAUGGUAAGGUGGAAUAUGACGAUGACAUCACAGCUGAGGACGUGGCCUUUUCUGAGGCGACAUCCACGGAUGAUUCUGCAGAGAUGAGGCAGCAAACCAACAACGUAGCAAGCACCGCAUCACUUCCUGCUGACCUUUCUCAAUGUCCCAAGUACAGGAAGUAUCAGUACCAGAUCUGUGAUAACAAGCACAAUGGAAAAGACCAUCAUGACAGUGAUGUCAUUUUGGCCAACCAUACCUCAGUCAACCAUGUGAGUGCACAGCUCAGAGACAGCAGCGCUCCUCUCACACCCUCUAGGAUUAAAGAGGAACCCUUUGUGUUUGAGGAAGAAGGAGAUGAAAGGAGUGGCUGCAAUCCAGAAUCAUGUACCGAGGAGGUGCUGGAGAUGGAGCUGGAGGUAGAAGGAGUUCCAGUAGCAACAGAGCACUCUCUGAGCCGAGGCUCACCAUCCUCCUGCCUGCGCUCCUACCUCCAGAGAGGCGGCCUGGAUCUCAACGGCGUCCCCAGCACCACCAUCCAGCAGCUCCUCACCAACAGACUGUCCCUCAACCACUACAGAGAACUGGUCAAAGACAGGCAGAGGGACAAGAGGGACUCUCUCAAGACGGGCAUUGCAGAUUUCAUGCCAACAGCACUGACUGGCAUUGGCAAGAACAUGGAAAGACCAGUGUCCAAAGCCUCAUCCUCUAAACAUGAAGGAGAACUAGACAGAGCCAGUGUCAUUUUCUCUUCAUCAGCUGGCGAGCAACAAAUGUUGGCACAUUCAUAUACGGAUGAUAAGUUCAGAGAAAAAGUCUCAACCCUGAUGCAGGUAGAAGCUCCUUCUCCUGGUCGCUCAUGCCUCACCACCAGCUGCCCUGUUUCCAUCAAGACAUCAGCCCACUCCCCUCCCCCUUCUGAGCCCCGAACCCAGACUUCCAGCUCCCGUUCCUCGUUCUCCUACCCAGAGGACACAGGAAGCGGUAGCUCACCUUUCAACCUUCCCCAGUUUGACUUCUCCUCAUCCCCACACUCAGGCUCCACCUCUGGACUUCCUAACUGCCUGGCUGGGGUAGUGGAGCAGAGGAACCCCCACAGUGAAGACAUGGUCUUCUCUCAGGGUUGCAGCAAUAUCAAAAGUGAACAGGGAUUUGGUGCCAGUGGUGGCAACUCCAGUGAUGAAUCAGGCUCUUUCUCAGAGGGAGACAGUGAAAGUGGCGUCUCCAGAAUCUCUGGCCCUGAGGUAAAGCUGCCCUUCCCUGUGGACCAGAUCACCAACCUGCCACGCAAUGACUUCCAGAUCCUCAUCAAGAUGCACAAGCUGACCUCAGAGCAGCUGGAGUUCAUCCACGACAUCCGCCGCCGCAGCAAGAACCGCAUCGCCGCCCAGCGCUGCCGCAAGAGGAAGCUGGACUGUAUCCAGAACCUGGAGGGAGAGAUACGCAAACUGGUGUGCGAGAAGGAGAAGCUGCUGAGUGAGCGCAACCAGCUGAAGGUGUGUAUGUCGGAGCUGUGGCAGAACCUCUCUUUCCUCUCCCAGCAAGUGUGUAGGGAGGUGCAGGGCAGCCAGGCACCUCCUGUCUCCGCCAGCAUCGACCUCACAUCCAACCCAGCGUCGCCUUCUUCUGACGAGGGCUCCUCCCGGCCCAGGUCACCUGCUUCACAACAGAGUCAGGGGGGGCAGGAGGAGAGGAAGUGUGGGGUGGAGGUGUCCGGUCUGGGCCAGGAGAACCCAGAGUGUCCACUGGAGCUGGGAUCCACAGAGGAAGUAUGUAGCCCCACUGUAACAGUGGAUUUCUGUCAGGAAAUGACUGAGAAAUGUACAACAGAGGAACAGACAGGAGCGAACUGUACUUAGAGUUUGGUGGCAAACACUCAUACUUCUCCACACCUUGAUAUUUGAAGUAUUUUUUUCUUAUCUCUAGUGGAUGACAUAAGCGUUGUCUUAUCAGCAAUACUGUUCAACAGGUAUUUUGGACUGGUGAUAAAACAAAAGCACUGGCAGCUUUUUCUCCUUUUUUUUUUUUCUUUCUUUGUCUCAUCCUGACUUUUCUUCCCGUCAGCUUCCCUCCCUCUCUCGUGCAUCAUGGGAGGUUCAACUCAGGAAUUCUUCAGAAUGUUCAGUAAUGUCCCUGUUAACAUGUGCAUGCACUUUACUUUACAGUCCUGUCAAAUCUUAAUAAUUACAUACGCUUGAUUAAUUUGUAAAUAUAAUUAAUAACUAAACAAUAUAAUAAUCAUAAUAGUUCAUAUUUGAUCUGUAAGUCUGUCUGAAGCAAUGUUUCAACAUGUUUCUUUCAGACAGUGGCACGUCCAGAUCGUUGUUAAUCUCAUGUCUGUUUUAGGUCCAAGACUGGACCUGGUUAGCCUAGCUUAGCAUAAAGCCUGUGAGCAGCCUGGCUCCAUCCGUAGUGAAACAGCAUGCCUAUCAGCAGCUGUACUGUUGUGCUUUAGCGCAUUUAACUGCCAGAUACAGUUGAUCCAGGUUCGGGGUUUGUUCUCAAACCUGGCAACCCCACUGCACUUAGUGUCAGCAGAAUUGGAAUAGCCGAAAAGAACUGUUGGGGCCGGACUGUAACGCCCACAAACGUAAUAAAAAUCUGCAGCUUUUAAUGUAAUAAUCCCACAAACCUAAUGCAUUUUCCACAAAGGUAAUAGCAGCUGCCUACUACAAACGUAACACGAGAUUUCCCACAAACGUAAUAACUAUUACCGCCGAGCGCCGAGAAGACGAUCAAACUUGACUGUCUAGUGCAGGGAUGGGCAACUGGAGGCCCGGGGGCCGCAUACGGCCCGCACCCUCACUUGAAGUGGCCCUCAGUACAACUACAUGCAUUUGAGCAUGAAAUCUUAAAAGUGCAGUGUAAAAAUGCACAAAAUUACUUCUUGCAAUUAAUGUUGGUCUGCUGUUCUUGAUAAACUGAUAAAAUAAGAAAUCACAGUAAGUGGUUAUUUUUUAUUGCUUCAAACCUUUUGUAUUCCUAUUUUUACUGUUCUACAUGCAUUUGAGCAUGAAAUAUGUUAAGUUACUGCACUGUAAACAUAUUUUCUGGUUAAGUGUACGGUCCUAUAUGUGGCCCUGUGGUAGUUUUGAUGAAAAGCUGUGGCCCCUCCAGCAUUUAAGUUGCCCAUUCCUGAUCUAGAGGAAGUAAAAGUCGUAACAAGGUUUCCGUAGGUGAACCUGCGGAAGGAUCAUUAACUAUUACGUUUGUGGGGAAGUGAAAAUCUUCAACUUUCAAUAUUUAAAUAAGUUCCCACAAAUGUAAUAACGCAAUGAAUAAUGGCCGUUGUGGUUGUUGUUGUUGUUGUGUUUGUUUGUCUAUACAUACACUACUAAUACUGACCGCGGGUGCAAAAUCCUCCGUUGUGUGUUAGCGGAGUGGAGAGCCAGCAGAUGGAUUUUGCAAACGUAUUAAGGCCCUGCAACAUAAUAGUUAUUACAUUUGUUGGAAAUCACAUGUUACGUUUGUAAUAGGCAGCGGUUAUUACGUUUGUGGAAAAUGCAAUACGUUUGUGGAAUUAUUACAUUAAAAGCUGCAGAUUUUUAUUACAUUUGUGGUUUAUUGCGUUUGUGGGUAUUAUUACAUUCGCGUUGGUUGGCCUUCUAGA